GCGAUCACCAUGGCCACUUUCAACAUCGCGCUGCAGGAGGACAGUAUGUCAGCGCUGCCAAGGCUGGCACCGAGCUCCGCUGGACGGGGUGUGUGCCGAAGCUUGUUUGGCCCCAUCGAUCACGACGAGCUGCGAUCGGAGCUCAAGAGGCAGCUGAAGGAGAUCCAAGCCUCAGACUGUCAACGCUGGAACUUCGAUUUCGAAGCCGGUGCCCCCCUGAAAGGCACUUUCUGCUGGGAGCCUUUGGAGAGCAAGGAGAUGCCAAGCUUUUACAGGGAGAGCAGGCUUUGCCCUGCCACCACUACUCCUGCGCCCAGGCAGCAGCAGCUACAGCAGAGCCCCCUGUGCAGCAGGCUGGCAGUGACACAAGGAGAUGCCAGGGAAGAAGCACCAGCAGAGGCAGUUGGCCCACGAGAAAGCCCCAAAUGCGCAAAGGAGAACGCGGAUAAGGCUGUCAAGAGAUGCCAGGGAGUUAAAGGGCCAAGCAAGUUCUCAACUCGGCUCAGGAAAAGGGAGAGCUGCCUUGUCAUAACCGACUAUUUCCCCAAGAGGAAAAGGCAACAAGCUCCCAAAAUCGACAGUCAAAAAUCAGUCAACGCCAUUUGCACUUUGGAACAGACCCCCAGAAAAAAAAUCAGAUGAAGCUCCGGUUCAUUUCAUGAAAGGCCAGAGAGGAUUGAAAAAAAAAACAAACACCUCUCUCCCGUCUCCCUUACCAGAUCAAGGAGCAAAGGGGAAAGCGAGACUGCAAAAGAGAACUCUUUAUAUGCUGGACUGCAGCGAUCGUUUUAACGAGAACGCUUGCGAGGAGGUGGUCGGUCCAGCUUGGAAUGUGGACUCAAUCAGAGCGGUGUUUCCCAGCUCCCUUUGUAUUGCACGCACUGUGAUACUUAUCCGCACUCAAUAUUUGGAUGUCUAUUCUAGCUUUUGUUUUUUUCCUUUACACAAAAAAAAAUC